AUGUGGAACAUCUACAACUGGAUCGAAGCAUCUACACCUACGAUUGCUGUUCCAGGCAGCCCAGCUUAUUGGUCUGCUCCACAGGGUUCCAGAUCUGUGAAAAAGGACAGCGGUCUAGUCUACAUUGCUCAAAAUGCUGCUCGCCACCCCGACAGCCCUCUAGAGCCGCUCUUCCGCUCCCUUUACAUUGAGCAACCCUCUUUCGAUAUCAACUCAAUCGACAUCGUGACCGAUCGAAACAAUAUUCGAAAGCUCCUGACGUUUGUGAACCCCACUUUGAACAAACACGGUCUUGACUCAUUCACAAUCCAAGUGGAUAUAGCCGCUCAGACUGCAAUCUUCUGUCGUGAUGAGACUGCAACAUCCGAAGUGAUUGGGCCGAUGGAAUUCAAGGGCUAUGGUCAUGAGUUUGAGAAAGCAUACACUAUCGAUCAGAUAAAAGGCAGCACUGGACACCACCGCAUUGUUCAGUACAAACUGGGUGGUCUGCGCUUUAUUGUACGCCAUGAGACAGACGGGUGUGUUGGUGACUUAAAGCCUAAAGUGAAGAAGGAGACGGUAGGGGAAGAUCUUACAAACAUGCUGAAUUCGUUAUCUCUCUCGCCGGAAACUACAUCCGCCGAAGAUAUCUCCAUUCAUUCCAAAUUGACUAUCAGGAAGGAAGGCCGGGUGGUACCAAGAGAGUCGACUCUAGAGAUCAAAACUCGAGUACGUCACAAAUCUCUAGAGCUAUCGGAAGUGGCGCCUCAGCUGUGGGCUUCGCAAACGCCCAAGCUCGUCCGAGCUUAUCAUCAACGUGGGAUAUUCUCAAUGCCAAAAGUGGAGAAUGUCGAUGCCGCGCUGAAGAAUUGGGAAAAGGCUCACCAAAAGGACAUCACGAAACUUGUUGCACUUAUCAAUCGCAUACUUCAAGUGACCAGAAAUUGGGGUGGGGGCUCAACUAUCCGGUACGAUGCCGUGAAGGAUAAACUUGUGGUGAAGAAGACGGAGAAGAAGAAGAUGCUUCCAGAUGAUCUUUAUCUUCGUUGGGCUGAUGUCGUUCCCGCCAGCGUCUCACAGAAGGCCUCCAAGGUGAAAUCCUCAAGUGACACGAAGGCAGCGAGAGCUAAACCCCGACUUGAGGAGACUGUUUCCGAAAUUGCUUAG